GUUCGUGGCGGCCCUAUUUUCUCCCUGUCUCUUAUCAUCUUAAAGCGCAAAAAAUGGUUAUGGAAAGAAGAAACCACUGCCAUGUAUAAUAAAAUGCUUACAGUCCUUUUGACAGAAGCCAUUUUUGAAGAUUGGCGUUCCCAAAACAAUUAGGCACCUGAAACAAGCUACCUUCGAAUCAAAAUUUAAGAUCUUGAAGCAUAAAAUAUUGUAAUGACCACAAAACUGGAAGAGAUCGAUGCAAUCACGAAAAAACCAUGAAAAAGCAACUAAAACUCCCAAGGAGGCAGAUAUUCAAGUCUCAGGACUUAGUGUCGUGAUAGCUCAAGGAAAAGUAAAUGUGACUGAAAAGACUAAGCAGACAAGUACAAAAAUUGCAUCAAAGUCUCAAACAUCUAAAGCUUCUCCAAGGAGAAAAUUUCAAACAAGAACUGAUGAUAUAAAAAAUGUGCAAAGCACACUGCACAGAAACCAGUCCCCAUCUCCAUCCAGAGGCUCCAGUCGAGCAUCAUCCAGUCCUGUGUCCUCAACAUCGUACAUCUCAGAUGCCUGCACAUCGCUAUCUAAAGUCGAAGAUCCAACCACCGCUACAUCGACAUCUAUAUCUUCAUCUCCUGUCAAUGCGGGGCCGUCCUCAUACAGAGCCCAGUGGGUGCUAUCCAGAAAGUUAUCAGGAAGAUCCCGAUUUAAUGAAUUACAAGGUAAAUCAAAGGUAGCUGUAAGAGUUGCAGAUGAUGGCAAAAUCUAUAUUAAAAGGUCUUCAGAGGAGAGGAACCUGGAUCCUGACCGCCUUUUAUUGGACAGAUGUAAUUUAACACAUUGUCCAAUUAUUGAAGGAGAAGAAUUUCUCCAUCUACUUAAUUUGCAGCAAAAUCAAAUACCUGUUAUUGAAAACUUGGACGUGUUUUCAAAUCUUAAGUUCCUUGAUUUAUCAGACAACUUAAUAGAGCAUAUCAGUGGUUUAGACUCUUUAUCUUCUCUCAGAAUGCUUAUAAUUGCAAGGAAUAGACUAGGUAGUAUUGAUGGGUUGCAGAAUUUGCAACAUCUGGAUGUUCUUGAUUUAAGUGGAAAUGAGAUUAAAGAAAUUUGUAAUAUUAAUCAUCUCUGCGAACUGAGAAUGUUGAAUUUGUCAUCAAACCAAAUAACUCAUAUAACUGGAAUGCGAGGAUUAAAAUCAUUAGUAGAAUUAAAUAUAUCCAAGAAUUUCAUUACAGAAGUAAGUGAGGUUGAUGUUUUACCUCGGUUACAAAGGCUCUUUCUUUCUCAAAAUUCUAUUGAAAGGUUCGAAGAUAUGUAUUGUGUGAGCAACAUUCCGUUACUUUGUGAUUUAACUUUAGAAGGCUGUCCUUUAACUGCAUUUCCAAAUUAUCGACAUCUCAUCUUGUAUAAUAUACCCCAAUUGAAAGUGCUGGAUUCAAGACGAGCUUUGGAUGAAGAACGACGCACAGCACAUUCCUUAAUGAGGAAGGAAGAGCAAAAGAGACAAGAGGGCAUUCGAUUGGCAAAAGUCAAAGAGGCCAAAGUGAAAGCUAUAGCCACAGCUCGACAGUUGUGGGAAACUUCGUGCAAAGAGCCAUCUUCUCAGACACCCCAAGAAACAUCUACAGUUUCAUCUAUUGCUUCUGCAGUUCCUUUGCACUUACUUGCCUCAAGAUAUAGCCGUUCAUUUAGUGAGGAAGAAGAGGAUAUGUUUUGUUCAUGUUGUGGUGGUCAAGGUAUUGACUGCAGUGAGUGUGAUAGUGGGAAAACUAGAAUUAUUUCAAAUGGAAUUAUGCAAAAAUCAAAGAAACCAAAAUCAAGGUCUCAGAAACGAAGCCAAGAUAUGAAAAAUAAAAAAAUACGACCUUCUUUAUCCUUGGAUCUGGAAAUUGCAGAUUCCAAAUUGACAUACUUGGCAGAAGUUGAAUUUGGGAAUUUGCAACUGUAUGGUCCUGGGGCUGUUGCAGCUACUAUAAGUCAUGCUUGGGCCCCCCAAACUGUUUCUCUUAUACACACAGUGUCCUUCCAUUUUGUUGUUUUUGAUGAUAUUGUUUAUCUGCUAGGAAAAUUAAAGACUCAAUUCCCAAAUAUUGAAGCAGCAUCAUUUGAAUGUGCUUGUUUGGAAUCUCUAGCACAGCUGAAUGCCUUAGGACAAAUCCCAGGUCUCAAAAACUUAACAAUCGAGACUGAAGGUAAUCCUAUAUUGCAAUUAUCACUUUGGCGAAUGUAUGCAGUCUAUAGGCUUAGCCCUACCAUUGAACAAAUAAAUGGAUCAAUGGUGACUGAAUUGGAGCGAAAUAAGGCAGAAGAUGUAUUUGGUGGUCUUGGCUUUGCUGCAUCUUUAUUACUGCCCAAGUAUAGAUUAUCUUCUUUAUUAAAUAGUCCAAGAGUAAAACAAAUGUUUUUGAAAGAAAAAGGUUAUUCGCCGAACAGUUUACAGAGGCAACCAGACUCUCAAGUGGCAAUUGAAGUGAUGAAAGCAACAUUUACUUAUAACCCAGAUUUUGAGUUCUCUCUACCUGGAUGCAAAACAACGGCGACAAAAAUCAUUGAGAAAAACAUCGAUUGUGUUCAAGAAAUCAUGAAGAAACGUUUAGUCUUUCAGCGGCUUUGGCCGUCCAUGUUUUUAGGAAUAGUCAAUGAUGCUUUAGAAGAUUAUAUUGAUCUUAAUCGCCAUAUGAAACUGUCCAUGCAAAGCUUGCUUAAAAAGUGCAAAUCUCUAGAAGAAAAUCUUGAUUAAGUUUUAAUUAAUCUUUUUGCUAAAACAAUGUUUUGCGAAUCAUCCGAUUCAAUUUGUUUACCUUUUCAUAUAAGAAAAAUUUUCAAUUUGAAUUUUUUUUAGACAAUCAAAGUUCUAUCUAGAUAAACACUGACUUCUACUAUUUCGGGUAUCACUUUAAAUCUUGUUAAAUAUGAAUUU